AUGAUGGACCUAAGUCUUCAGCAUCGAGAGUAUCCCCCCAACGUAGACGAGGCUUCCCAGCUAUCGGGCUCCUACUUCGUCGUUCCCUCGCCCACCACGACGUUUUGGGAGGAGCUUGAGUCGUCUUGGCCCUGGCUCCCUUCUCUCCAGGACCAAACACAGACGUCUUACGGCGAAGAGCUUCCUGGAAGUCACUUUCUUGGCGAUUGGGUACAGCUGCCGCUUCCAGAGUUACCGUCCCUCAGCCCUGCUCUCCCGCAAGACCGCCCUUCGAAGUCACAGAAUGAGGCGUAUCUUGAGCCAUCGGAUUGUCAGGCUGCAGCAAUCCCUGGUGUUCAUGGCCAAAGCUACUUUUGUCAGCCUUCACAAGAUUGUGACAUGAAGACCUUUCCUGGACCAAGCGUAGUCCUACCAAGUCACUACCAGUGGUCGAGACAAUCUAUCCACGAUCGGAAUGACAUCUCAUCUAGCCAGGAGACUUUUCUGUGUGACAGACAUGCAGAUCCACUAUCAACCUGUGGCAAAACAUGCCACCUAAUUCCCAACAGGGCAAGCCAUCGCAAGCGAGCGAGAUCGCAGUCAGAGCCCCUGGGUGAUGAAACAAUCGAUAGCCUUAACGGAGAGUGCGCAACUGUAAAUGAUGGCAGACAAGUGGAAGGGGAGCUUCAUCACGUGGAGGCAGAGCCAUUGCCGAGCAAAAGACUUGCCUGUCCUUUCUAUAAGUAUGAUCGGAUCACGCACCUCCACUGUGCUCGCUUCCACCUGAAGAGAGUUAAGGACGUUAAGCAGCAUCUUCUCAGGAAGCAUCGGUUUCACUGCAAGACUUGUCACGAAGGCUUUAAGGAUAAAGAAAAGUGCAAAGCUCAUGUCGAUGCCGAGCAGUGCGAUAGCAGGGCCAGUACCCGGUCGGCCGAGAUCGAUGAAGGCAUUUCGGAGCAUCAGGUAAACGAUCUCUUGCAGAGGAUGAAUAGCGGCCCUAAGGGGGAUGAACAUUCCUGGUACACUAUCUGGGAUAUCUUGUUCCCCGGACGAUCCUUUCCCGCCUCACCAUUUCUAAGAACCGAAGUGGAAGAAGUCAUCUCGACCGUGUGUGACUUGUGGCACAAGAAUGGUUCCAAGGUCUUGUCAUCUCUUAAUAACGGCUCAUCGCCGACGGACUUGAUAACCAGCACGGAGUUGCCCAGAGGAAGACCUUUCUCUCCCUUUAACUCUUCCACAGGUGAGGAUUUGUUGUUGAUCUUGGGCCAGCUCGCGAAAGUGAGUGCAACACAAAGCGAGGCCGAUGAGACAAGCCUCACGAAAUCGUGUUUCUACCCUUCGUCGCCUGCAAUUUACUCCCCACCCACGUCUGUCAUGACUCUAAGCGCCGUCGACGACAAAGAGAGGUGGCAGCUUGGUCAUGCGAUGGUGUCUUCUGCUCUGAAAGUUGACGACUUGAACAAUAUAACACUUGGGUCGAGAAGGAGCACAGAGAAAUGA